AUGGCUACCAAGGGCGAGCACGAGAAGCCAGAGACCAUGGAAGAUGAACAUCAACCAAUUGUCAAAAAGGUGCGGCUUGAUGUAGACGCGAAAGUGACGGAGGAUGUGAAAAAGGUCAAAAUUGAUGAGGAUGCAACGUCACAACCGGAGAUUGGAGGACAAGAGGAUGCAGUUGAGAAGGACUCGUCGGUAUUAUCUUCACCUGUGAUGGAAGAACAAGAGAAGCAAGAAGCUGAAAAUGUGCAAGAGAAUAAUAAUGGAAUGGAAAAGGAAGAAGCUAAGAUCAAUGCCUCAGGCAGCGCAUUUGGUGGCUUUGGUGCUUUUAGUAACAAGAAUGCCUUUGUACAGGUGACAGCACCAGCUAGUUCGAACGGAUUUGGAGUCAAAGCGUUGUCUUCAACAGACGUAGCUUUUGGAGCAAAUGUAACUCAAGCGUCGAGCGGGUUAGAAAGCACAACGUCAUUGGCUUUGUUGUCGGAUGCAACGACGAGUAGCUCGAGUGGAUUCGCAUUGUUUCAGAGUAACUCCUCCGUGACGUUCGCGUCAUUUGCUGCAACGCAGCCGUCAACGGAGGGUUUUGGUGCGAAAGCAUCAUUGUCAUCAUCUACUACUUUUUCGGAUACAGAUGUGCUGAAGAAAGCGGACCCUGUCGUGGCGGCGUUGUCCAAAGCUGAGUUAGCGAAUGGAGAAGAAGGCGAGCAGGUUCUAGUCGAGAAACGUGCCAAGCUGUUUAAGUUAGUCGAGAAGGACUACGCAGAAGUCGGUAUUGGUCCAGUGCGAGUCCUGAACGCAAACGAUGCAAAGACUGAGGAAGCUAAAGCUACUGCACGAAUUGUAAUGCGGCGCGAGUCGUACCCACACGGACCUGGCACCAAGCUGUUGGUAAACGCAAGCUUGGGCGCAUGUUUGCUUUGUGAGAAGAAGACAGAAAAGACGAUGCUAUUGACAGUGUUGGAGUCAACAGAGGACGUGGAAAUGACAAAGCAGUUGUUUGUUCCGGUGACUUAUCUCAUGCGUUUUGAAUCGCCAGAUGAUCUUGACGUGGUAAGUGCACGGAUUCAAGCCAACCUGCACUCGUCGACAAGUGUUGCGUCAUCAUUCGAUUGA